UGUCUCUUAAAUCAUUAUUGAAUGUUUCAGGAAUAAUAUUCUCUCGUACCUAUAGACUACAGUGUAAAAUGUAAAAGCUACACUCCUGUUGCUACUUAGCUAGUGUGUGUGGCGUAAUGAAGGCUAAAAACGCUGAAACAUGUUAGCUAAUUCUUACGUUUCAGUUUACAUUUAACUAAUCAUUCAUAGUUACUGGAAUAUGUUCUGUUGCAUUCAUAUACUAGUCAAAUGUAUGUUUAUUACUAGGCUACAGUAAAAAGGGAAGCUUCCAUGCAUGUUAAUCGGAAUAAUGUCGUGGAAUUUGUCGCUAGAUGGAGCUAUAAUGAGAACAUGCACCUUAUUAACCGGAUUUGUUCGGUAGGCAAGAAAACGUAAACAGAUUUGCUAAUGUAUAUAAAAUAGGCGAAAUAUCGGUAGCAACCUGUAGCUACCUAGUUAUGUAGGAAAAAUAUCCUUAUUAUCAUCCGAGAUUAUUUUUUCAGAAUUUUCGCGAUUUUGUUCUGUGCAGGCAAAUAUGUCAGAGGUCGCCCAGGGCUAGCUUUAGUUGCUAAGGGGAUGCGUAUCGACCACCUAUAGAGAUUAAUGGACUUGUCUUAAUUUGCUAGCAUAUUGUGUAUGUGUCCUGUCUGGUGUAUUUGAGGUUAACAUGAGAAAGGGUGGUCCCUAUCUCAGCAUGACAAGCAAUCCGUACAUAUUCACAGUUGUUAUCCAAGUGGCAGGAUGGAAAAUAGCCGUUAGGAAAGCAGUUGGAAACUGUGAAGCGACGUUUGCGCCAUCGGGCGUAAUGGUCGCGAUGAGGAAAUUCUGAGCGUUUCAGGUGGUCAAUACAUGCCCACUCCCAAUUUAUCAAUUUUGAAGAUUAUAUUGAGUUCAAAGGUAAUAAACGUAAAUCAGUCAACUGAAAUUGAUCAUAGCUUUUGAUCAGCAUCUUGAUAUGCCACACCUGUGCAGGAGAUUGAUUAUCUUGACAAAGGAGAAAUGCUAGCUAACAGUGAUAUAAAAAAUGUGUGGGCAAAAUUUGAGAGAAAUAAGAUCUUUGUGCACAUAGAACAAAUCUUUGAGGCAUUAUUUAAACGCAUUAAAAAUGACUGAAAAAAUAAAUGGUAUGUUUAUAUUUUUGCUUAGCGUUUAUAUAUCUAAUUGGGGUUCCAUAGAACUUAAUGGCGAGAUCUUACUAGUCAAAAUGUUAAUUUUCAAUUAACGUUUUGACUAGUCAUAAAUGAAUUAGCCAACAAAUAUUUGUAAUGUGAAUCUGUAGACGCUAUUAAAUGUUAAAAGGGCUUGUUUUAUCCUUUAGGUAUGCACUUAUUGCACGUGGCUUUGGAUAAAAGCGUUUUCCACAUAGUUUGGAACUCUGUAGUGAGUGUUGCAACUGAGCACAGAUGAUUUUUACGCGCUACGCCUUCAGCUUUCCGCGGUCUAGUUCUGCGAGCUUGUGCGGCCUACAGUUGACUGGGCUGCUUUAGCAAAACAGACAUUUGAAUUGAAGUGGUGUCCACAUACGUAUUUAAAUAUUUAAGAAGAACGGGUACGUUGACUGUGGACACGUGUUAAACCUCGUUUCAUGCAUGCUAAAUCAAAACUGUUCUAUUAGCCGACUAUUACAAUCUAAUCGUAUUUACCACUUCCAUGUACUAUUUUUCUCUCUCUCUUGUAUUUAUUUUAUUUUAUUGUCUCUCGCAAUUGAAUUGAUCUCUUUUAGCAGACUCGCUGUGGCCGACCGUGAUUGGCUGGCAAAUCUCAAAGGCCAUAACAGGCUGCAGGUAUAUGAAGCCUGCUACGGUGGGUACGGACAUUAAAUCUCUCUGCGUGUUGCUAUCUUGUGUACAGUUGUGAAAAAAAAUAACGAAGACUUCACCCCAUUGGCUUAAACAUCAAAAUGCGAUAUCAUUCAUUUUUGAUAUAAGAAGGCUGUUUCUGUUACAUUUUUUAAAUUGUUGGAAGGAUUUCAACUGCGCACUUUCCCUUUUGUUGAAAUAAGAAUUCUAAACGGGUUAUAUCAGAAAUAAAUUAGGAAUAGGAAAUCUACAAGAUUUUUUUUUACACAAAUUGGUCAAUGCUGACGGUCUGCACUUUUUCCGUUAACGGUAAACCUACUGAAGAAACGAACUUAUGAGAAGGUAGCGCAAGAACUCGGAGACUUCCCUGUGCACCUGUUACAAAACUACCAUGGAAAAUUCGACUGAAAUGGUGUUUGUUCUACAAGGACUGAAUGACACGAAGUCAAACAAACGCACAUACUUUGUCGUCACUCUUCUCGUUUACCUUUUUACUAUUUGCGUGAACCUGACCUUGAUUGUCACAAUUCUUUUAGAUAGAAUGCUCCAUGAGCCCAUGUUUAUAUUCCUGUGCAACUUGUGUGUAAAUGGCAUAUUUGGUGCCUCUACAUUUUAUCCUAAGAUGUUGGUGGACCUUUCAUCUGACGUUAGUGUUAUUCCAUAUAAAGCUUGCCUCACUCAAAUGUUUGUAAUAUACACCUAUGUAUUCUGCGAAAUCACUACGCUAACAAUGAUGGCUUAUGACAGGUAUGUCGCGAUUUGCAAGCCGCUCAAUUACCACUCCAUCAUCACGCCUCGGAAGGUGGUGAAAUUGUUGAUUUUUACCUGGCUGUUAUCCAUCUGUGAAUCGGGUUUUGCGGUGGUCAUGAUAGCCAGAGUACCUCUCUGUGGAUUCUACAUCGACAAAAUUUACUGCACACUUUGGGCAGUGGCAAAGCUGUCAUGUGUGGAUACGACUAUGAACAACGUAUACGGGUCCAUUCUCAUGGUUUUGCACAGUUUACAAGCUGUGGUGAUCGUGGUGUCUUAUGUUAAUAUCAUCAAAGCAUCUGUGCGAUCGCAGGAAGAUCGGAGUAAAUUCAUGCAGACCUGUUUGCCUCAUUUAAUCUCUUUGAUCAAUUUCUCAGUCGCAGCUGUUUUUGACGUCAUGUACGCUCGCUAUGGUUCCAGCAGCAGUGUGCAGGCACUGCGCAAUUUUAUGUCCCUGCAGUUCCUCGUCGUACCACCUAUCCUAAAUCCCCUCAUAUAUGGCCUGAAAAUGAACCAAAUCCGCCGGAGAAUCUUUAGAAUUUGCAGUCGGAAAACAGAUGCUCUAAGGUGAAUGCCGUUUUCACGUCCGUCUCCAUGUUUCCAUAUAUUGAUGUUUAUGUGUUGAUUAGGUGCGAAUUUUAUAUUUCGCGCUCAGCAUUUUGAUUUUGCGCAGAAAAGUCCAUCUAAAAGUUUGGAGUGGGAUUAUUUGAAAAUUAUGCAGUAAUUGCAUUGUCCAUAUCAGGACAUUGAAGCGACAAGUUUGAGACAAAAUGCAUUCGUGGUGAAAAAGUAAAGCAUUUGUGGCCAUCACGAGUUCCUGAUUUGAAGGGCACUCCUCCUUGUUGACUCAACUAGCCCCGAUUAUUCUAUAAUCACCCUACGUCAUUGGCAAUGCAAGGGGGGUCUGUUCCAUAAAUUAGCAGUAUUGAUGGGUAAGGUAGGCCAUAUAAGCAGCUGGCAUGAUAACUCAGUAGGCUAAGCCAGUUUUCGUUUUUCAAGUGUUUCAGCCGGGCUUCUCUAGUUGCUAGUUACUACAUGAAAGCGAAUUUUAUGCCUCUUGGCUCUAGAUAACUAAUUAAUAUUUCUGGUGUGGUAAUGGUCGCGCAGCCCUUGUUCGAAGAGUUUAAAUUGUAGGAUUUCGUAGGCUACUUAUUUUUAAAUUGUACACACGACCCCUGUUCACUAUUCAUUUUGCUGUAGGCUAUUAUCAGUCAUCUUCAUCUAAUUGGUUUGAUGUGUUGUUGGCAUUAAUUAUUGUAUUUAAACCUAUCAGAAAAAAAAUCUGCAUUGCUAGCUAGCUAUCUUUCUAUUGGGAUAGUGUCAAGAGUUGGGAAUGGUGUUCUUCGGCUUGCAAGCCUCACCCUUUUUCUUCCAAAGAUAACAAUGGUCAUUAUGGCCAAACACUUCAGUUUUUGUUUCAUCAGACCAGAGGAAAUUGCUUCAAAAAUUUGAUAUUUGAUAUUUGUCCCCAUGUGCAGUUGCAAACUGUAGUCUGGCUUUUUUAUCGCGGUUUUGGAGUAGUGGUUUCUUCCUUGCUGAGUAGGCUUUCAGAUUAUGUCGAUAUAGGACACGUUUUACUGUGGAUAUAGAUACUUUUGUACCUGUUCCCUCCAGCAUCUUUACAAGGUCAUUUGCUGUUGUUCAGGGAUUGGUUUGCACUUUUCGCACCAAAGCACGUUCAUCUCUAGGAGACAGAACGCGUCUCCUUCCUGAGCGAUGUGACGGCUGCGUGGUCCCAUGGUGUAUAUACUUGCGUACUAUUGUUGUACAGACGAACAUGGUACCUUCAGGCGUUUGAAAAUUGCUCCCAAGGAUGAACCAGACUUGUGGAGGUCCACAAUUUUCUUUCUGAGGUCUUGGCUGAUUUCUUUUGAUUUUCCCAUGAUGUCAAGCAAACAGGCACUGAGUUUGAAGGUAGGCCUUAGAAUAUAUUUACAGGUACACCUCCAAUUGACUCAAAUAAUGUCAAUUAGCCUAUCAGAAGUUUCUAAAGCCAUGACAUCAUUUUCUGUAAUUUUCCAAGCUGUUUAAAGGCACAGUCAACUUAGUGUAUGUAAACUUCUGACCCAUUGGAAUUGUGAUAUAGUGAAUGAAAAGUGAAAUGAUCUGUCUGUAAACAAUUGUUGGAAAAUUUACUUGUGUCGUGCCACCAGAUAUGCAGUAGAUACUGCAAGUAUUGUUUCUCCUGAAUAUAUUUUCCAAUGAGUUCAACAGGAGAAUUAAUCAGGAGAAACAAUGCUUGUAGUACCUACUGCAUACCUGGCAGCAGCAUGGUGGUUUUAGGCUCAUUUGAUACCUUGGACCUUUGAUGCCUUAAAGCCAUUUAGACAACAAAUGUGUUCCAUACUGUAUCAGCAUAAUUUACAGCUGAAUCUAGUCCCACCCCCCAAUUCCCUUAGAGAUCCAUCAGGAAGUCAUUACAUGCAAAUGAUAUGCAACCAAAUACAAAACAUGACUCUUUUAUUUGACAUUAUGUUAAUUUGUCUACUGUAUAAGUGAAUUUCCCUGUGUCUAGCUUUUCCCCAAACAGUUCACUGCAGCAAAAGUAAACGAGCAAAUGGUGGCACAGGAGGUCUCAGGAGUGCAUUUCUUUAAUUCUUGCUAAUAUUCUGACCAAUGAUUUGUUGUUAAGACCAUUAAAAGCUUAAUAUUUUGCCAUUUUUGGCUUGGUCCAUUUUUUUGCCCAGGAGUGUACAUUCAUUUUGU